GCUCUAUUUCAAAUUACCAAAUCCAGUAUAUAAACUGCGCGUGCGCCGAUCUUGCCCACAUCACAUAGUUGCUGCGCUUGCAACGGUACUCUAUAAACAUGAAAUAUAUUGUAUUCUUUGCCCUCGUGUCCGUGGCUCUGGCCAAGCCAAAGCCCGGCGGUCUUUUCUCCUCAUUUGACCAUGGAUUCUCAUCGCUAGACCUCCACCAGCCAGCUAUCACGUUAGCGCAGCCCUCAUACACAGUUGCCCAGCCCGUGGUCCACGCGGCCCCUGUUGUCCACGCAGCGCCAGUGGUCCACGCGGCCCCUGUGGUCCACGCGGCACCAGUCGCUAUCGCCAAGCCUGCAACUAGCUACUCCUCCUUCCAGCAGGUCGUACAUCCAGUGCAAGUUGCGCAUGCCGCCCCCGUUGUCCACGCGGCGCCAGUCAUCUCCCAACCGAUAGUCCACGCGGCACCAGUGGUCCAAACUAUUGCCCAGCCUGUGGUCCAGAAAUACCUUUCCCUCGGCUCCUACGGUGGCUCAUACGGCGGAUACGGUCAUGGUUGGUAAAUCGACGUGUGGUUGUAAAUAAUUUUUAAUUACAAGUUUUUUUUUUAUAUUUUUAAGCGUUGAGAUCAUGUCCGUACUAAGGGCGUGGUGCAAAUAAAGUAUUUUCUUAAUUA